CUAACAUGCAGCAUUUCAUAAUUCACAUUAUGUGUAUAUUAGAAGUACAUCUUUUCCACUACAUCGGGAAUGACGAUUGCCCAAAUCGAAAAUGGUCGGCCUCCCCCCAUGUUCGCUAACUCACAUUAGGAUUUAAGUGGGGAAAAGGUUGCUUCCCGCAGACACUCGAGGAACAGUCGUGGACCCGAUCGAUCGCCAGCCGAUCCCGGCUAGCUUCCCCCAUCCGUGGCACACAAAUCCGCGCUGCACGGCAAAGCAAUCCACGAAAAGGGUGAGUUCCCGACGGUCGCUGGUGCCGCUCGCUCCUUCCCAUUGCACGCGUCCGCGAAAGGGUGCCCGGUCGAGACCCAGCCGCGGGACCUGAUACUACGGCGCAAGAUAAAACCCGGAGACGCCCGGCCUCGUUCGCUCCGUUCCCCUCGCCCGGCACGCACGGAGCUGCCUAAGCUGCUGCCGCCACUCCCGGGCCCCCCUCUCCCGCCGCGGGCCGCGGGCGGAAGGUCACCCCUUUUCCAACCCUGACAGCCCGUUCCCGGUCGGUUUCCACCGGCCGGAACGAAACAGAAAUACUAAGCCCCUCCCGCUACGGGGGGGGAUUGGCUCAGCGGGAGCCGGAUCGAAGCCGCCCGUGCCCCCCGCCCGUGUGCCCGGGGCAGGUUUUCUGGGGGGGAGGGAACCAACCGGAGCGCAGGGGCCGUGGCGUCCCCGGUGGUUGCGGGGACUAACGGGACCCGCGUGAGGUCCCUGCGAGACCCAACGAACGCCGCAAACAAGCAAACAGACCAACCAAAACGCCCCCUGUGUGGUGUUGCAUGGAUUUUAUUUUCGUUUUGGUUUUUGAAACUACAGCAUGUCGGUCUUGUGGAUCACAACGACAAUCCUAGGAACCACUCACCCACCGCGUUGCCGUUUCGAAUUCUUUUUUUCUAGAACGAGCUAGAGCCGCUUUCCGAGCCGAUGUUUUGAAACCCCAAGAAUGCACGAUGCGGGUGCACUUAUAGAAGAUUGCAACAAGCAUACGCACAAAACCACGGACGAUCCAUCGUUGAAAUAUACUCUGUUGCCGUUCCUAUGCCAGCUAGGUGGUAUGGUCGGCUAGGUGGUACGGAUUCGCAUCAAAAAUGGCGUAGGAGAGAAUGGGUUUGGUCUUGGACAUCCUUCGUUACGAAUAUAUUCGAAUCCAUACGAACGUGGUAUACAUGGCUCGAUGCAUUUCUAUGCUACGAAAUCUAUUGUAUUUCACCAUUGGUCGCGUAUCGUCGUGGUGAAUUUCAAAAUUGGGCUUCUAGGCAAGGGAAUCUCAACGCAAAAUAAUUCCCUGACUUCAGAGUUCAAGAAAGACGCCAAACGAUACGGGUGACAAUCAUUCUAAACA